AUGGUGGGCAUUUUGGCUCUACGCGACCGGGGAAUACUUCUGCUUCUGCCGCUGUCCCACCGAUUCUCCAAUGCGGUCGCACAAAUACCGGAUCCGGAGCUCCUUCCGACCGACCCGCCGAAGAAGCCCGACCCGGUGACUUCGGAGACGGUGGUGUUCUGGGGCCUUCGCUUGUGGCAGGUCAUCGGCAUCUUCUCCAUGUUCGGUCUGGCAGUCGUCAUCACAUUGUGCUGCAUCUUCAAAUGUCGAAUCCCGAGAACAAAAAAGGAAAUCGAAGCGAGGCACGUGAUGAGACAGGCUGCAAAGAAGUACGCCAACACGCUGGAGACUGUGCCACCGCUGGAGGAGCUCACCGAGGUCCCGGGCUGUGAGUACCACUGCCCCAGAACAUAA